AUGGCGUCUUCACUACGACUGCCCGUGGGCAGCUUCGCUUCUAGCACACGUCCAACCACCAUGAUAUCCCAGUACGGCCCGGUAUCGCAAAUCCGGUCCUUCUCACAGGUGCCUCAACGACUGGCGGGGAUUCGGUCUCAGAACUUUAACGCGAAAGGCCAGGCGCAGCCCUCGUUGAAGUCCCGCCAUAGGGAUGCGAUGCAGAGUGCUCAGAUGCCUCCGGAGGCACCAUGGUUACCGGGGACAUUUGUGCGCCCUUUGUGGCGUAAUACGCCCUCGGUCUUUACGCAUCCGAAAGAGGCCUGGAGGGUGCAAUUCACUUGGGCCAAGUCCAAGUUCAUGGACUUUGGAUCGUUGGUGAUUUAUCGCUGGCAGCUGAAGUUGACCGAUACUCUCUUGUGGGGAAAGCGCCGACAGAUUGUGCGCCAAUUGCAUGAAGAUAUGUACACUGCUUUUGCGAGCGGCGACAAGAACGCCCUGAAAGCCCUCUGCGUUCCCAGUUUCGCCGAAAAGCUCAUUGCUCAAAUCGAUAGCCGCCCAGCAGGCCAAAAGAUCACCUGGACCCUCAAUUCCUGGCUUCGCCGCCCGGACACUCUCUUCAGAGGUAUUCGCAUCCUCUCUGACCGCGCGACCCAAUUCCCGGACGUCCCCAGCGCCGGUGCUCGCCAGAUCGUCUUCUGCAUUACAUCCCGCCAGACGAUGAGCAAGUCCAGACGCGUUGGCUUCGGCAAAGCGACCAAAUUCGUUGAAGAGCCAAAGAAGGUUCAGGACUGCCGUGAGUAUAUCACCAUCCAGCAGAUUACCUUCCGCGGAAAGCCCGGUGGAUGGCGGAUUUGGGGCCACGCCAAACCGACCACAUUUGAAGACAUCGAAACCGAUCCUUACUUCCGUCCUACAACGAGCUUGAAGGAGCGUCUUAAUGGCAUCAUGUCCCAAGCUGGCCUUAAAUAG